AUGAACAUGUGCGGCACUUUACGGCAUAUCGUCACAUUAUCGGCAGUGUGCGCAACACGCUGUAACAUUUGGAUUGUGUGAAUUGUAGAAUAACUUUAUAAUUUCGUAAACUGUAUAGUUUUGUUUGUAGUUAACCCAGUAUUUAAAAAAGACUGUUGAAUCUCAGCGGCCGCAGUUUAUUCAUAUGGAUCGACAAAAACCCGUAGUUUUUAGAAAAACGGCUGCAGACAUCUAAACUGCUUAGCCAGAUUGCUACUUUAGUAAAGUUCCACAGGUAAAGGCUACGUGACAUGGAGAACUACAGAAAAGCACGCACGGUUGAGCAGCCCUCCCUGUGUCCGUUCCCUGACCUCCCCAGCAGCACUCCAGAAAUUCGAGUGAAGGAUGGCAGCAAAAUCCGAAACCUCUUGAGGUUUGCUUUAAGUCGCAUGGAGGAGAAAACAGCCUCUGCAGAUCAUCUAGGCCCUCAUGAAGGUUCAGGGGUGAGGGCUGGUCUGGGGGAGAAUCUGUGCCGCCAAAUCAUGUUCACAGGUGUGGGUCAGAGUGUGGCUAAAGCCAUCACAUGCGUGGAGAUAAUGAAACGGCGUGUACACAGCCUACACCAGCUCACCAAACUGGUCUAUUGCACAGUUCAGGAGGUCUGGGAGCCCCUAGAGCCUGAGGCCGGGUUUGAAAGUCUCACAGUCAGCAGAAAUGUACCCAGUGUAUGGGUUCUGCUCUCCAGAGACUCACUUGAUAAGGACCAGCCGGGUUACCAAGCUCCAGGUUCUUUUGAUGCUUUGUGGGCUCAGGCUCUCAAAGAGGAAGCAGCUACUCCGAAACACGGACAGAGAAGGAAGCGGGGUGGAAUAGGUGCUGGAAGGACAGACGGGGCUGGGAGAGGAAAGGGUCCACGCAAGCACCCGGGUAGACCUGGAGAACCACGUAAACCUUUAGGUCAUGCUGGGGGUGGGCAGAAUUGAAUCAGUGUUGCAUCUUCCCGACAAAGCUUGGUUCAUAUUCAGUAUCUUCCCCUUUGAAGUGCCAUAUCUUGAGAAUGUCUGUCAUUAAAAUGGGAGUUUUAAAGUAUAUGUAAUGGCAAGUCCCUUAAAAUAAGAUUCUGUCUUUAUUUAUUCACCCUUAAAUAAUUCUGUUAAUAAAUGAGACUGACUACAGAAAA